UGAAAAACUUCUGCAUGACAGGAUUCUCAAGUUCAACACACUUUCUGCUUCAAGACUCAAGACCUAAAAAGACGCCAAAGAAUUUCUUGAUUUGGACAGAGUUCUUGAUUUUGUACAAAAAGUACUUUACACCAGUUGUGCAGAUCAUGUCCUUUGCCAGGUGUUUUUUUCUGCUGCUCCUAGUGGUGGUGGAUUACACUGCAGAGCAGGACAUUACUGGAAAGAAUCCUGGCUGCUUGUCUGGACACCCGGGAAUACCGGGCAACCCGGGACACAAUGGAGUACCCGGGCGUGACGGUCGAGAUGGAGCCAAAGGGGAGAAGGGAGAUCUGGGUGAAAUUGGGACUUGUGGUGCGAAAGGAAAGGAAGGACCAAAAGGAGAUAAAGGAGAACCUGGUGCACCAGGUGCAGAAGGUCUUAAAGGGCGACGAGGAGAGAAUGGAGAAAGGGGUCCGCCUGGAAAAAUGGGGCCCCAAGGUUUCUCAGGGCCGCUUGGUCUGAAAGGGGUAAAGGGUGAGAUGGGAAUGCCAGGACCAAAGGGUAUCAAAGGAGAUGUAGGACCAGAGGGACCUGUAGGGCCACAGGGAAUUAUUGGAUACCAGGGAGAGAAAGGUUCUCCAGGACCUAUUGGACCUCUGGGAAGACCAGGCCCUAAAGGUGAACUCGGACCUUCUGGACAUAAGGGCAGCCUCGGUUACCGUGGUGAAAAGGGGCCAAAAGGUGAAACUGGAGAAAAAGGACCUAAAGGAGACACGCCUGAAAUACUGAAAAGUGCUUUUUCAGUUGGACUGACUGCACAAAGCAAGAUGCCUGCAAGUAACAUUCCUAUUCGAUUCGACAAAAUCAUCUACAAUCGACAGCAUCACUACAACCCCGAGAGUGGACGCUUCACCUGCGCCAUCACCGGAACGUAUUAUUUCACCUACCACAUCACAGUGUUCUCUCGAAACGUCCGAGUGGCACUAAUGAAGAAUGGACAAAGCGUCAUCCACACCAUGGACAACUACCAGAACAAUGAGGACCAGGCGGCCGGGGGCACCGUCCUUCAUCUGCAGGCUGGGGACAAGGUGUGGCUUCAGGUGCCUGGAGGUCAGCUCUUUAAUGGACUCUAUGCAGAUGAUGACGAUGACACAACUUUUUCCGGGUUCCUCAUUUUUGCUGAUUGACAAACAAAUAUCUGGGAAAACAUGUGAAGAUUUAUUCAACAAAAAAAUCACUUUAAAAGCAGUGUGUCCUUUUCCUUUACUCUCCUGACUUAUUGUUAGUAAAGAUUUAAUCUAAUAUGCAUAAACUUUGAUUUGACUUAUUAUUAUUUUUGUUUGUUUGUUUUGAAUAUUUUGUUUUGCAGGAUCAAAAUAAACACAAUGAUUGCAUUUUA